AUUGGUGUGUCCUCAUCUAUAAGCCCUUGUAACUGCAGGUCUUACUUUCUUAUCAAUACACAUUCAUAUAUCUUUUUCAGUUCACAUGGACGAUCCACGACCCAAACUCAAUAUCCAACAAAUAAUCCCUCACCCUUGUCCCCACCUCCAUAUGAAGUUUCCCAAGUCAAAUCAUCAGCCAUUUAACUUCCUUUCAAAGUUGAAACACCAUUACCUAUAAUUCCCCCCUAGCUACUUCCCAAAAGUAGCACUAGAUGGAAAUGGACUCCCAAAAUCAAUCAGCGCCACGACAAGAAGUUGAUAAACAAGAAAACAAUGGGCUCAUUCUAGAUCUAAGCCUCCUCUGUAAUUGGGAGUUGAAACCUACAGAUGAUCAAAGACUCAAAACAAGUGAUCAUACUUUGCACACAAUUAGCUCAUCGGAUGAUGAUGAAACAGAGCAACAGGUUUUUUCCUGUAACUAUUGCUACAGAAAUUUUUACAGUUCACAGGCACUUGGCGGUCAUCAAAACGCGCAUAAACGGGAACGAAUUACAAUGGCGAAGAGAAAGCAGAGUAUGGAUUCAGUGCCUGUUAUGUCUGGUUCCUUCCAUAAGUCUCUUGGCAUUCAAGCCCACUCCAUGAUUCAUAAACCAAACAUUUCGUCGAACACCUUCAGGGCACCCGUAAUUCCACCCAUAUUAUAUAAUUCACAUUCAGCUGGAACAUGGUCGAGAAGGGGGCUGGAUCAGUUUCCGGCGAUCGGUCUCCCUGAAAGAUCGUUCGGUGACAGUGCUUCUAGGCUAAAUUUCGGUAACAUGAACAAGUUUCCAGCAGGGGUUGUUUCUCAUUUGAAUAUUAAUCAUCAAGAGGAUUUGAAGAAGCUGGAUUUGUCUCUCAAACUCUGAGAAUUAGUUAGAAUUCAAAAUUAUCUCAGCAUGUAUUAGUCCAUAAAUUUAUCAAAACACGUGUGAUCGAUUCUAUUUGAGUUCAAAUUUAUGUCUUCCUUUGAAGUUGAUAUUGAAGUAGUUAAAAUCGUUCAUUAUCAAUCUAGGCAAACGGAUUGUAAAUGUUAUUUUGAUAGCAUAAAUAAGUUACGCUCGGUAGUCAAUCGAGGAAUUAUAAGA